UCCUUUAUCUCGGAAGGAAAAAAAAAGGAAAAAAAAAGCACAUCAUGUUUGGCAAGCAACUGGGCCUCGCCGUGGUGAGCCUUUUGGCUCUCCACCAGAACCUGGCCCUCGCCCAGACCAUUGUGGUAGAUGGCGAGACGCUCCCGGCCGAUGAAGUCACGAUUGCCCCGGCCGAGGAGGCCGUCGAAAUUCCCGAGUCCACCACCCUGUUCCCGGAAGAGGUGGCUCAGCUGACGGAUUCCGUCCUUGCCAAUCUCACCGAACUGGAGUUGUCCAACAUUAGCCUGUUCUCCUUCGACGACGAGGAAGACGACGAGAACUCGAUCCUCGAGAAGAGGACGCUCUUCGGUCCCUGCAAGACCUACCCGGGCGACCUGCUCUACCCCGGCAAGCUCAGCUGGGACGUGUUCAAGCUUCUCCUGGGCGGCAGGCUCAUCAAGACGGUGCCUUUUGCGUCGGUCUGCUACGACGACUUUGGCAAUUUCGACCAGGCCAGGUGCAACUUCAUCAGCGCCAACUGGAUCAACAACUCGUACAUCCACAUCGAAGACCCUACCUCCAUCAACGCCGUCCUCUUCGAGGGCGGCAACUGCCUGCCGCAGGCCCUCGACCCGACGGCCACCAACUGCCGCGUCGGCGGUCUGCCGUCGUACGUCGUCGACGCCCGCAAUGUGGCCCAAGUGCAGCUGGCCGUCAACUUCGCCCGUAACCUGAACCUCCGCCUCGUCGUCAAGAACACCGGCCACGACUUUGGCGCCAAGUCCACCGGCGCCGGCUCGCUGUCCAUCUGGACGCACAACUUCAGGAAGGUCCAGUUCUUCCAAAACCACCGCGCCGACGGCGGCUACCGGGGUCCCGCCUUCAAGGUCGGCGCCGGCGUCCCGGCCUUCGAGCUCUACGAAGCGGCCCACCGCCACGGCGUCACCGUGGUCGGCGGCGAGGGUGCCACCGUGGGCGUCAUGGGCGGCUACAUCCUCGGCGGCGGCCACUCCCCGCUGUCCGGCCUGUACGGCAUGGCCUCGGACAGCGUCCUCUCCUUCGAGGUCGUGCUCGCCAACGGCCGUUUCGUGACGGCCAGCGCGACCAAGAACCCGGACCUGUUCUGGGCCCUCCGCGGCGGCGGCGGCUCCACCUACGGCGUGGUCACCUCGGUCACCGUCAAGGCCUACCCCAAGAUCCACGUCAGCACGCUGACCUUUGAGCUCAUGACCACGCCGACCGUCACGGCCGACCAGUUCUGGGCCGCCAUCCGCGCCUUCUUCGAGGGCUUCGUCGAGUACGCCGUCGACAACGCCAACUACGAGUACUUCCGCCUCACGGCCAUGGGCCCCGGCGCCUUCUACUUCGACAUGGGCCCCUGGUUCGCGCCCGGCAUGACCUCGGACGAGCUGCGGGUCCUCGUGGCGCCGCUGUUCGCCCGCUUCGACGCCAUCGGCGUGGACUACAGCCCCGUCUUCCGCGACUUCGACAACUACCGCGACGCCUGGGCGGCCUCGUUCCCGCUGGAGCCGUGGGGCUCCAACUUCAUCCGCCAGGCGAGCCGCCUCUUCCCGCGCGCCAACUGGGAGGACGAGGCGAAGCUCAACGCCACCUUCGACGCCAUCAAGUCAACCGUCGAGGAGGGCAACUACGUGAUCGCGUUCAACAUCCACGCCGCCCCCGCCGCCGGCUACCCGGACACCGCCGUCAACUCGGCCUGGCGCGACACGGUGAUGCACUGCAUCGCCGCCGCCAUGUGGGACCCCGCGGCGCCCGAGCCCGUCAUCAAGGCCGCCAGCGACACGCUCACCUUCGACUGGAUGCAGCGCUGGCGCGACGUCUCCCCCGGCGCCGGCGCCUACAUGUCCGAGUCGGACUACAUCGAGCCCGACUUCACCCAGGCCUUCUGGGGCACCAAGUACCCGCGCGCCCUGCAGCUGAAGAAGAAGUACGACCCGCGCGACGUCUUUUACGCGCAGAACGCCGUGGGCUCCGAGUUUUGGGAGAUGUCCGAGAACAUCCUGGGCAACCUGCCCUCGCAGAACAGCAGGCUUUGCCGUAAGAAUUGACUAGGCCCGGACAGACCCCUUUGCAGGAGGAUGCAUAUAGAGUAAUGCGGAG